UAUCCUGUUUGACUACUGUCGCUUUAUCCUGUUUGACUACUGUCGCUUUAUCAUGUGAUUCCCCUGUUUAUGAAUUUGUCAUGUGAUAGCAAACCCGUGCACCCAGAUCACUUUGUGCAAGUGAUUUCGACCUGAAAUGGAAGGUUUAACAGUCGUUUCUUUACUUCUGUCGAUGCUGAUGAUCAGCACCAGCAGAGCCAGAUACGAACCGACCUGGGAGUCCAUUGACUCCAGACCGCUGCCAGAGUGGUACGACCAGGCUAAGCUUGGUAUCUUCAUACACUGGGGAGUCUUCUCUGUCCCGAGCUUCGGCAGCGAGUGGUUCUGGUGGUACUGGCAGAAGCAAAAACUAAAGCCGUAUGUUGACUUUAUGCUGAGGAAUUAUCCUCCAGACUUCCAUUAUCAAGACUUUGCAUCACAGUUCACUGCAGAGUUCUUUGAUGCCAAAGAAUGGACAGACAUCUUCACCUCAUCUGGAGCGAAGUACAUCGUCCUCACUACAAAACACCAUGAGGGUUUCACACUGUGGGGCUCAAAAAACUCCUGGAACUGGAAUGCAGUGGACAUUGGACCCAGAAGAGACCUGGUGGAGGAAGUGGCAAGUGCUCUCCGUGCGAACAGUGACCUACGUUUAGGGCUGUAUCACUCCCUCUUUGAGUGGUUUAAUCCACUCUUUGAACAGGACGCUGCCAAUGUUUUCACUACAAAUUACUUUCCUACCAGUAAAACUCUGCCUGAGCUGUAUGAGCUGAUUCUGAAGUACAAGCCAGAGGUGUUGUGGUCUGAUGGGGAUGGAAACGCGCCUGACAAGUACUGGAACAGCACAGGUUUUUUAGCCUGGCUCUAUAAUGACAGUCCAGUGCGAGACACAGUGGUGACAAACGAUCGCUGGGGAUCUGGCUGCAUAUGCACCCAUGGUGGAUAUUACACCUGUGAUGACCGCUACCAGCCAGGACACCUGCUCAAACACAAAUGGGAAAACUGUAUGACCAUCGACUCAAAGUCCUGGGGUUAUAGACGUGAAGCUCCGCUCAGUGACUACCUCACUACCAAGCAGCUUGUGGCGACAUUGGUAGAGACUGUGUCCUGUGGGGGGAACCUGCUGAUCAACGUAGGCCCUACACACGAUGGACGAAUCGCUCCGAUCUUUGAGGAGCGUCUGAGGCAGAUGGGUCAGUGGAUGAAGGUCAACGGCGAGGCCAUCUACAACACAACAGCAUGGCGAGCUCAGAAUGACAGUGUCACGCCGCAUGUCUGGUACACUUCCAGACCAAAGGAAAAGUCCAUCUUUGCCAUUUUACUGGAGUGGCCCAGUAAUGGUUCUGUGAUUCUGAAUGAACCUGUGGUUAAACAAGGACAGACUCAGGUGGGUCUUCUUGGUUACGGGCCUCUGAAGUGGGAGCCUGCAAAGCCCAGUGGACUGCAGGUUGUCCUGCCCCAGCUGUCCUUCAGCCAGAUGCCAUGCCAGUGGGCCUGGACGCUGAAGCUGACAGGUGCCAGUUAAAGGGAAACCAUUUCACUUGAAGAGGAACAGAGUGGUCAUCCAAGAAGAGGACAAAAAAUAAAUAAACCGCUGAGCACAGCACACAAAAUACUUUUGAUCUAGCUGUCCUGAAAUUAGUGAAAAUCUGUGGGAAAUCUACAAAAAAGUACACUGUUAAAGUUUUAGAACACCCUCAUUUUCCUGUUUUUAUUAGGCUAUUACAUUGAUUUAAACAGUUCAAGUCUGAAUGACCUUAAGUGGUACAAAACUAAAAAGUAAACUGCCAGAGGUAAAACAAAAAAGUCUCCAAAAACUAAAAAUGUAUGUAAAUUUCCUAUAAAACAGGCAUUUUCAGGGAUCUUGUUAACUGCAUUUUCUGCAGCAGCGGAAAUAAUCAAAGGUUUGAGUCAGACCCUUUCAAGGUUUCGUCCUAUAUUGUAACAGGCUGUGUAGCAGAAAGGAACCAGAUAGUCGGCAGCUCAGUGUCCACGCUUUCCAGAUGGAGUGAAAGCAAAGCAGCCUACAAGUGAACACAUCUGUGGGAACCUGUGCAGCAGUGCUGUCUAUCUGAACAAUAUUUGAUUUAUUAACAACUAAAAAAAUGGAGGUGGACUGUCUGUGAUUUGCAUUAUUUCAAUAAGGUGUGUGGGAAAUAAAUAUUAACACAUAUAUGAUCAUUAUUUUUGCACUAAACAGUUUUUAUGAUCAAGGUCUUCCAUUCUAGCUCAGGAAAGAUUAAGAGUAGAUGUGACAAAUGUUUCAACAUGUGAUUUUUGCCACACUUUUCUACACAUUUGUUUUAUGCAGUCUGCAUCACUAAAUGCAGUGGUGCUAUUUCUAUAUGUGAAACAAAUUUUUAAAUAAAAUUAAAUCGGCUUUCAAAUUUAUA